AUGAAUUUUCUCGGGAGAAAAUGUGUAUUAAAUCUCGAUGAUUUUUCCAGAGGAUAUCACGGGGAUGGAUAUCCAUUCGACGGAAGAGGUCAGAUCCUGGCGCACGCAUUUUUCCCAGGACGAGACCGAGGAGGAGACGCUCACUUCGACGAGGAGGAGAUCUGGCUCCUGGACAACGACAGCAACGAGGAAGGAACGAGUUUGUUUGCCGUAGCAGCUCAUGAAUUCGGGCACUCGCUGGGUCUCGCUCACAGCUCCGUCCGUGGGGCUCUCAUGUAUCCCUGGUACCAAGGGAUAUCAGGGAAUUAUGAGCUUCCGGAGGACGACAGAAAUGGAAUUCAACAAAUGUACGGUGCACCGGAGGAUAAGCUGUGGGCUAAUUUACCAGACGCCAGGCGUCCAACUCGUCCAACAACAACCACAACGUCAACGACAACUCCACGUACUCGUUCACCAACGAGAAGACCGUGGAAAACCCGUCCAACCCGGCCGAACACUUAUCCAGAUGAUCCUAGCCGAGACAGAACUAAUCACUAUCCAUACAAGCCAAACUGGCGAACAGAGAGACCUGAUUAUUAUCCACAACGACCGGAGUAUCCAGAUAGACCGAGGAAACCGCACAGGCAUCACACGACAACAACCACCACUGUCACACCCCAUCGACCAAGGCACAGAUGGACACCACCACCGAGGAAUGACAUUCCUGACAAGUGUCACACGAGCUAUGAUGCCAUCAGCAUCAUUCGGAGGGAGGUCUUCAUAUUCAAGGGGAGGUAUCUCUGGAGAAUAGGCGAUCACGGACUUUACGAGGGCUAUCCAGCCGAGAUAACCCGUCUAUUCAAUCUACCGGAGGAUAUUGAUCAUGUGGACGCUGUGUACGAGCGACAAGACAAGAAGAUUGUAUUCUUCAUUGGUAAGAAUUACUACGUAUUCAACGCUAAUAAACUCGAGCCAGGGUAUCCACGACCCCUGAGGACACUCGGAUUACCGGAUGAACUGGAGAAGAUUGAUGGCGCCAUGGUAUGGGGUCACAACAGCAGGACUUAUUUCUUCAGCGGCACCAUGUACUGGAGGUACGACGACUCCGCGAAUUUUAUCGAGCUCGACUACCCCAGAGACAUGAAUAUGUUUGCAGGAGUUCCUUACAACAUUGAUGCUGUCUUCCAGUGGAAAAACGGUAAAACAUAUUUUUUCAAGGGCAAAGGAUACUGGGAAUUCGACGACAUGCGAAUGCGAGUAGCACACGAACGUCCGAGACCCUCCGCACCCUUCUGGAUGGGUUGUCCUCCCGAAAUGGAGACUAAUGAUAUCGAUUACCCGUCACACCGAGCCAAAGUCAUCCAGAGCUCCUCCUCAGCAUCCACAAUCGCACUCUCAAUUAUAAUCAGUAGUCUCUUUGUACUUGCAAUUAGAAUAACGUAGGUAAUUGUUUUAUUUUUUUUUUUACAUUUUAUCGAGUGAAGACAAUCCACAAUGGAGACACAUGUGCCUAUUAAAAAAAUCACACUGCCGUUGUUUCUCUUUUUUGAGAGAAUGAAAAAAUGUUUGAGGAUAAAACUGAUGAUUUUUCAUUGAAGGAAACAAAAUUACAGGUGAAAAUACGUCAUGCAUAAUAAUGUAGAAAUGAAAAUAUGAAAAAAUGGAAAUAUCUCGAGAUCGGCUGAGUGAAAUUCCCAGGGGAUUUUCAUAUUUUUGAGGUUUUUCUUUUUGCCCUUUCAAAUGAACGGCGACUUGCCCAGAUCGCAUCGUUGGGUACUGAGAUAUUUCUCGUUGAGGGAAACGAGAUUUUUCUACUCAAGUUUAAUUACCUCAGGGCUUAAUUAAAACGAAAAAAAAAGGGGAUUCCCCAGGGUUUUUCAAAAGUUUUUGUUCUCGCCAUUAUUCUCGAAUCAAACGAGUCCAUCCAAACCAACAGAACCAUAUAAAUAAUUUUUUAUAUGCCUCUACAAGUUUUAUAACUGUACGAAACUAGAAUUAGGGCACGAUAUGUGCAUCAGUUUUAUAAACUGUGAUAUUUAUGUGAACUAAAAGAAUAUGGGAAUAAAUAAUCGCUUAGGUUUACUGGUAUUUAUGAAUAGUGAAUGAGAAAGAAUGGAGAUGUUAUUGUUUAAUAUCGAAAUAGUCUGAGACACGAUUAACGUAACAAAACUUGAAUUAAAACAAUUGAAUGAUUUUUUAUAUUCAAUUUCCGGUGGAUUUUUUUUUUCAUCGGAAAAUUAAUUCACCGGCAAUUCCUAGGGUAUAAGUGGAAAUUGUAAUAUUUUUAUCACUCGAAAAAAAUUAGGAUAGACCCAAAAUCACUGUAUAAAUAAAUAAA